AUGUUAUAUAUUAUAAACACUCGUCUGACGCGAAAAACUUUGCACGAUCGUUUUCGCAGGGUCAAGUUGAUCGAGUGCUCGGCCAAGGACAACUUGAACGUGCGCGAUCUGUUCAAGUGCUUGCUGGUGCUGUCCCGGAAGAUGAACGGGCCGGAAGACCAGGCGGCGUGCCCUCUGAAGCGCCGGUCCAGCGCGUACGUCAGCCACACCAAGUCGUCGAGGCGCGCCGCGGAGAACGCGGGAGGAGCCGCCACGACUUCCGGUCCGGCGGGAGGCGCUUCCGGUCACGGCCGCGACGAGCACCAGCUCCAGCAGCAACAGCAGCAGCAGCAACAGGAACGGGCGAAACCGCGCAGCCGCAGUCUGAUCAGACGGUGCAGCCGGAAGGCCAAACAACAGAUCAGGGACACGACCACCGGUGGAGGUGGAGGUGGGGGUAACGGUGGCGGUGUGGACGACUGCAACGUCAGCUAA